AUGUGGUACAAUUACAAGAGCGAUUACUAUCGCAAGGAGGGCGAGGGGCUGUUCCCUGUGCGCUGGAUGCCCCCCGAGAGCCUCAUCGACGGGUUCUUCACAAACUUCUUUGACAUGUGGUCUUUUGGCAUCCUGAUCUGGGAGAUCAUGACUCUGGGGCAGCAGCCGUACCCUGCCCACACCAACCUGGAGGUCUUACACUUUCUCAGGACUGGGGGCAGGCUGGAGAAGCCAAGCAGCUGCCCUGAUGAUAUGCAAGUUGCAUAA